GUUCCCGGGAUGUGGCGGGGGGGCCCGCCGAAGCUGGGCCGCGUGUCCCGGCUGCUGAAGCUGGUGGCGCUGGUGGGCGUGCUGCUGCUGACGGCGCUGCAGUCGCCGUCGCUGCUGGCCUCGUGGCAGCGCAACGCCCUGGCCGACCGCCGCUUCCUGCAGCUGCACAAGUGCCCGGCCUGCUUCGGCACCAGCUGGUGCCGCCGGUUCCUGGGCGGCCAGGUGGCGCUGGAGGCGUGGGGCCGCCUCCGCCUGCUGGACUUCCUCAACGUGAAGAACGUCUACUUCGGCCAGUCGGGCGAGCCCCGGGAGCCCGGCGGCCGCCGGCGGGUGGUGCUCAAGCGGCUGGGCUCCCCGCGAGAGCUGGCCCAGCUCGACCAGGGCAUCUGCAAGCGGGCCACGGGCCGCCCGCGCUGCGACCUGCCGCAGGCCCUGCCCCGGACCGAGUUCGCCCGCCUCAACGGCGACGUGCGCCUGCUCACCCCCGAGGCCGUGGAGGGCUGGUCCGACCUGGUGCACUGCCCCUCGCAGCGCCUGCUCGACCGCCUGGUCCGCCGCUACGCCGAGACCAAGGACUCGGGGAGCUUCCUGCUGCGCAACCUCAAGGACUCGGAGCGGAUGCAGCUGCUGCUCACGCUCGCCUUCAACCCGGAGCCCCUCGUGCUGCAGAGCUUUCCAUCAGAUGAGGGGUGGCCAUUUGCAAAAUACCUUGGAGCAUGUGGAAGGAUGGUGGCUGUGAAUUACGUGGGAGAAGAGCUUUGGAGUUACUUCUAUGCCCCGUGGGAAAAACGAGUGGAUCUGGCGUGGCAACUGAUGGAAAUAGCUGAGCAACUUACCAACAAUGACUUUGAAUUUGCACUCUACCUCCUUGACGUCAGCUUUGACAACUUUGCUGUUGGUCCUAGAGAUGGGAAGGUGAUCAUCGUGGAUGCUGAGAAUGUUUUGGUUGCAGACAAAAGAUUAAUCCGACAGAACAAACCCGAAAACUGGGAUGUUUGGUAUGAAAGCAAGUUUGAUGAUUGUGAUAAGGAGGCCUGCUUGUCGUUUUCUAAAGAGAUCCUCUGCGCUCGGGCCACCGUCGACCACAAUUACUACGCUAUCUGUCAGAACCUCUUAUCUAGACAUGCCAUCUGGCGUGGGACGUCUGGGGGGCUGCUUCAUGACCCGCCAGCCGACGUUGCCAAAGACGGCCGACUCGAGGCCUUGCUGGAUGAGUGCGCCAACCCAAAGAAGCGAUACGGCCGAUUCCAAGCGGCGAAAGAACUACGGGAAUACCUUGCACAGCUAAGUAAUAACGUGAGGUAGUCCCUGGCGAAUUUCUGCUUACGCUGGCUGAAACUCCACGGCAGCUUGCAGCCAAACAGAAAAGUGGAAACUUCUUCCUUCAGAAGAUAAACUAGUGAAAUCAAACACCUAAGCCCAGCAAAAUGUCAUUUCAAAAAUCACAUGAUGCUCAUCCGCAAAGAAACAUGUACUCGCCUAAUUAAGACUUGAGCUCCAAUUGGCUUUUCUUUUUUUUUUUCUUCCCCCGAAUGCCUGGGGGGCAUUUCAGGGAACAUCGAGAUCACCGAAUAUGAGCCUGGGUAGCUUAAUUGGCUUGUGUGUCAAAGGGGACCUGACAUACUGUGCAUUAGCGUCACAACUUUGUAACGUUCAUGCGUUUACUUGGAAAGUCAAGUUAGUCUGGCCUGUUUUAGAGGCCUCCUUCCUCCUGAUGUGCGGGGUUUUUUUCCAUUUUUAUGUUCAUUUUAUCGACUUUGUAUACAUGCAGGUAAAUGUAGGUGUUUUCAGAAUUAAUGGGUUUUUCAUUUAAUGCUGUGUGGUACCUAUGUACUGUGAGGGCAGGAUUCCCAAGGUGACUGUCUACCUUUUUUUUUUUAAGCUGGAUAUUUUAUGUGUAUAUAUCUGUUUUGUUUAUAAAAGUAGGCAUAUUGUCAUAAGGUUCUCUUUUUUUGUUACUGUGGUUCUGUGCAACAACUUGCAUGAGAUCACUUGGAAUUAAUUGAAUGGUUAUACAGCCUCUGCCAGUAAGUAUACCUGUCUGCAGAGCAGAAGAUCCUUGCCCUGUCAUUUUAAGCAAGCUGUCAUUAAAGACUACCAAAUGAUUGAGGGGAAAAUACUGCAAACGGAGAUGAAAUCCACAUCCUCUGACUAGCUCUUAGAAACACAAGGCGACCCACAAAGUGUAAUGGAGUAAAACCUAUGCCAAAGACACUGGUUGUACGUGUACAUUUUCCUAAACUACAUUUUUAACAACACUUAAGUUUACCUGAAAGAUCCACUUGCCUCUUAAGUGAUGAGUGAUGAGUUCCUCUGGUUUCUGAGAAGUCAAACCACCACUUGCAGCAUGCACUAAAGGUGUUAUUCCCAAGGCAGUGACUAUUCACUUUUUUUUUUUUGUGGGGCUUUAGCUGGGAGCCUAUUUUUGAUUCAAGGCAGAGUGGAGCUCUUCCAACACCCCCACCUCCGUUGAGGUAAAUCAGAUGCUACAGUGAGCCGGAGCACUUUGCUGCUGCUGAUAGGGGCCUGGCUUAAAAUGGAAAUUGGGGUGUCUGUGGGCCUUAGAACCCCUAGGAAGUUGUUCUCCGGCGGCAGUAUAGAUAUUUGAAAUCAAAACAGCGUAAAUGGUAUGCACACCCGAAUGAUGAUCAUGGAUCGUAAAAAUGCACUUUGCUUGUUGGCCCUAUUGGAGCUCUGUUAGCAAUCUUGGAGCUGCCCUCUUCUAAACGUUGGAAAACCUAGCCACUGUACGUUUCUAUAGAGCAAAGCGUGACACCUUAAAAUCAACGGUUUCAGGAGAUCCCUUUGACUGGGGAAUCAAAUAAUAAUAAUAAUAAUGUUGGCAUUUGUUAAGCGCUUACUAUGUGCAAAGCACUGUUCUAAGCGCUU